GUCCCCGCUUCGCUCUUGGCCCCCGCACGGUCGCGCCAGUCGACGACGGCGCGCGCCGUGGCGACGAGCGGCGGCGAGGACUCGUCGAUGAUGGAGACGCUCAAGACGGGCAGCUUCUUCGCCCUCUGGUACCUCUUCAACAUCGGGCGCGCGCGCGGCGCCUUUUCGCGCAAGGCGCUCAACGCCAUGCCCCUGCCCUGGACCCUGGCGACGGUCCAGCUCUUCGCGGGCAUCCCCUACGUCGCCCUGCUCUGGGCCACGGGCCUCCGCAAAGCGCCGAAGCUCUCGACGGACAACGUGAAGACGCUCUUCCCCGUGGCCAUGGGCCACCUCGGCACGCACAUCGGCGCCGUGAUCUCCCUCGGCGCCGGCGCCGUGUCCUUCACGCACAUCAUCAAGGCCUCGGAGCCCGUCGUGUCCGCGGCGCUGUCGGCCGUCAUGCUCAAGGCGUACUACAGCCCGAUCACGUACCUCACGCUCCUGCCCAUCGUCGGCGGCGUGGGCCUCGCGUCCCUCAAGGAGCUGAGCUUCACCUGGCUCGGCUUCGCCGCGGCCAUGCUCUCCAACGUGUCGUCCGCGCUCCGGGGCAUCCUCGCGAAGAAGACGAUGGGCGGCGGCGUCGGCGAGAACAUGAACGAGACGAAUUUGUACGCCGUGCUCACGAUCAUCGCCUUCGCCGUGCUCCUGCCCGUGUCCCUCUGCGUCGAGACGCCGGCCGCCGUGGGCUCCGCCAUCGACGCGGCCGUCGCCGCGGGCCACACGAAGAAGGAUCUGGCGGUCCUCUCCGCGCUCUCCGGCGCGUACUACUACCUCUACAACGAGGUCGCCUUCCUCGCCCUCGGCCGCGUCAACCCCGUGACCCACGCCGUCGGCAACACCAUCAAGCGCGUCGUCAUCAUCAUCGCGUCCGUCAUCGCGUUCAACACGCCCAUCUCCACGCUCGGCGUCGUCGGCUCGUCCAUCGCCAUCACGGGCACGCUCCUCUACUCCCUCGCCAAGCAG